CCGGCAAACAGCUGACAGCUGUUGCUUAGUUGUUUUGUGGCUGUUUUUUUCUUCCUAUUUUUCGACUGAUUUCGAAAUGUUUAUAUUUCAAAUUCAAGAAAUUUCUUAACAAAACACUAUGUCUACUCCUUUAGAGCAACAAACCGAUGAACGGGAGGCUUUGCAGUCCAUUUACGAGGGUGACGAAAACUUCAAGGAGGUCGACAAAAUCACCUAUCAAUACAAGUAUGGCGAAGAAAACAAUCACAAGUCCUUUAUGGUAGAGCUUAAAUGGGGAGAAACCUACCCAGAUGACCCACCUACAAUCAAUAUGAACACGUUUUACAAUAGCCACAUCCUGCCCGCUGUUAAAGAGGAAAUCCAAGCGGCUCUUAACACGGAGGCUACUCAAUGGCUUGGCUGUGGCAUGACCUAUACUCUGUUCGAAUACCUCAAGGAUAACAUAGAUCAAUUGACUGCCAAUCAACCAGAGUCGGCGCCCAUUCAAGCGGUUGUGGACGAAGGUGUUCAUUCAUUGAAAAUCUCCGACCCUGAUCCUGAUAUUAAGAAGAAGGAACCCAAAAAGGAGCAACUCACCAAGGCGCAGAAGAGGAGACAGUGGGAUAAAACAGAACACAAAGGUGAACGUGCUCGUGGCUAUGAUUGGGUGGAUAUUGUUAAACAUUUAUCGCAAACUGGAAGCAAAGAAGAUGCUGCUGCUUUGGCCACAGAUGACACACUUCUGGCACUGCAUCCUUUAAAUACUUAAAUGCAAUUCAUUAGUUAAGAUUAACAAGAAACAAUAAGAGAAUUAAAAUCAAAGCCAAUCAUAUUUCAAUGUGAUCGGUUCUCAUCUUUAUGAGAUGUUUCUAAGUAUGUAUGUAUUUCACAUUAAAAGCUGAUCAAUUUA